CGGGAAAUAAUUGACCUCCCCACUUCUAAAGAAACAGAGAUUCUGUUUCGUUUCUCAAACCCAAGAUGAAGUGGCAGAGGUUCCUAUCGAUCCCAGUCUUGGCUGUACUUCUGUUGAUGGGUUUUGUCUGUUACAUCACUGUCUUCGUUUUCAUUGACGAUUGGGUUGGGUUGAAGAGCUCUGCUGGUUCUUUGAACGCUCUGAUCUUCACUGUCUUAGCUUCUUUGUGUCUUUUUGCUUUCUCUUCAUGUGUUUUAAUCGACCCAGGUUACGCCACAGCUUCAUAUGUCCCUGAUGUGGAAGAUAGUGGAGUCUCUGAUCAGGAGCACAAUAAAAAUGUUAUACAAACAAGGCGUUGUGACAAGUGUUCAACAUACAAGCCUCCUAGGGCUCAUCAUUGCCGGGUCUGCAGAAGGUGUAUUUUAAGGAUGGAUCAUCACUGUCUGUGGGUCAAUAACUGUGUCGGUUAUUGGAACUACAAGGCCUUCUUUACACUAGUCUUAUAUGCAACAAUAGGAAGCUUGUAUUCUACAACCAUCGUUAUAGCUUGUGCUUUACAAAAGGACUGGGAAUUCAGUGGUAGCGGGAGCCUCAAAGUCUUUUAUGUUACAUGUGCAGUGACGAUGGCUGCUUUGACCUUAACGCUCGGAACUCUUUUAGGAUGGCAUGUGUACCUCAUUGUCCGUAAUAUGACUACUAUAGAGUAUUAUGAAGCAAUACGGACUGAAUGGCUGGCUAGGAAGUCUGGGCAGAGCUACAGACAUCCAUACAACCUAAGUGUCUACAAAAACAUUACUUCGGUCUUGGGUCCAAAUAUGCUGAAAUGGUUAUGGCCUGUAGCUGUAAGCCAUCUAAAAGAUGGUCUUGUGUUCCCUACGCCGCGUGAUAAUUCAUAAGCCCUCUUCUGCCUCUGCUGAAAAUCAGUUUUGGUGGCACCAGUGCUGCUCUAGCGCACAAAGAAUGUGAUUUUGUGAAGCAUGUUGAUCCUAUCCGUUUAGGAGAAGAGCAACCAAGUGGAAGAUGCUGGACAGAAAUCAAACAGUUGCUACUAUGUUGAAAUCAGGUAAGUCAACCAACAGUUGAUCAACAAAAGGCCCAGGCGUUUUUUUUUUUCACUUUUUUUGGCCACUUGGCAAUUCGAUACAGUAGGACUGUAGGAGUGCAUAUACGAAUUGUAAAUCAGAUAUUUUGCAACCCAGGACAACUGCAAACCACAUAAUGAAACCCAGGACGAUCUAGGCCACUUCAUCAUAAGAGAAUUCCAGCCAUUCUUGUUUAUAUUGAUGAUAAAGACAUACAGUUUGUCAUAUUGAUGCAAAUGGCCAAAAACAGUUCAGAUGGCCAAGAAUACAUCAUUCUUACUAUUCUGGGCCCUGCUUUUGUCAUUUACUUGUAUAGUUG